AUGGCUCCUCCCAGUCUUCUCGGUCCUCCAGAGCUCACCAAUCCCACCCACACCUCAUCGCCCCAAUCUCAACCCGUACCCGACCCCAAACCCGAACCCGCCACCGGCGAACCCUUCGUUGACCUCAUGGUCUCCAAUUUCAACGACAUAGCGAUGGACAACAAACUCCCGAUGGGCUUGACCGAGAAUAAUUCCGCCACCUAUCUCUCCACCGGCAACCCCUGCCUCGAUUUCUUCUUCCACGUGGUGCCGGACACCCCCGCCGACUACGUCAACAACCAGCUCCCGCUGGCCUGGAGCCACAGCGCGCCGACCACGCUCAAGCUCAUCUGCAACCUCCGCGGCGUACGUGGCACCGGAAAGUCUGACAAGGAAAACUUCCACACGGCGGCGGUUUGGCUCCACAACCACCACCCCAAAACCCUCGCAUGCAAUCUCAGGUCCUUUGCGGACUUCGGUUAUUUCAAGGACCUGCCCGAGAUUCUCUACCGCCUUCUAGAAGGCGAGGACGUGCGGAGGAAACAUAAGGAUGCGUUGAAGGAAAGAAAAUCCGCCGGCGGCAGGAGGAAACAGAGGUUGGGCUGUGACUUGAGCCCCGAAGCCGUUCCGUUCAAGAAAAUCAAGACCGGAGGAGAGAAAAAAGCCGCCAAAAAGGACAUGUCGGAGGAGGAAAAUGAAGCGAAGGCGAAGGAGUGGGUAAAAUCGGAAAAGGAAAAGGCAAGCGUGUUGAGGAAGGAGAAGAAGAUCGCCAUGGCCAAGAAGGCGGUUGCCAGGUAUGGAUCCGACCCGGAUUUCCGAUUCUUGCACGAGAGGGUUUCGGAUCUUUUCGCCGAGUUGUUGAAGGCCGAUAUGGAGAAUUUGAAGUCGAAUCAGAGCCACAAGAUCAGCCUCGCGGCCAAGUGGUGCCCUUCAAUUGACUCUUCGUUCGAUCGAGCCACUCUAAUCUGCGAGAGCAUUGCUAGAAAGGUGUUCCCGCGCGAAUCGUACAAGGAAUACGAAGGCAUGGAGGAAACCCAUUACGCUUACAGAGUGAGAGAUCGGCUCAGGAAAGAGGUUCUGGUGCCGCUGAGGAAGGUGCUGGAGUUGCCGGAGGUUUAUAUGGGCGCGAAGCAGUGGGGUUCGCUUCCGUACAACAGAGUGGCGUCAGUGGCCAUGAAGAAUUACAAACGGUUCUUCCUGAAGCACGACGAGGAGAGGUUCAAGAAGUACUUGGAGGACGUGAAGGCCGGCAAGGCGAAGAUGGCGGCCGGUGCUCUGCUUCCCCAUGAGAUUAUUGGGUCUGUGGAGGAAGGCGACGUCGGGGAAGUGGCUGAGCUUCAAUGGAAGAGAAUGGUGGAGGACAUGUUGAAGUUGGGGAAGAUGAAGAACUGCUUGGCGGUGUGUGACGUGUCCGGUAGCAUGUGUGGGACCCCCAUGGAGGUGGCGAUAUCGUUGGGGCUGUUGGUGUCUGAGCUGAGUGAGGACCCGUGGAAGGGGCUGGUGAUCACAUUCAGUGGGAAUCCUCAGCUGCAUUUGGUGAAAGGGGAUGAUCUGAAGACCAAGUGCCAGUUUGUGAGGGAUAUGGAUUGGGGAACGAACACUGAUUUUCAGAAGGUGUUUGAUUUGCUGCUGAGGGUUGCGGUGAAGGGGAAUUUGAAGCCGGAGAAUAUGAUCAAGAGGGUGUUUGUGUUCAGCGACAUGGAGUUUGAUGAGGCUUCGGCCAACAGCUGGGAGACUGAUUAUGACGUGAUACAGAAUAAGUUUAGGGAGCAUGGUUAUGGGAAUGUGAUCCCACAGCUGGUGUUUUGGAAUCUGAGGAACUCGAGGUCUACACCGGUGCCCGGGAAUCAGCCCGGGGUGGCUCUGUUGAGUGGCUUCUCUAAGAACUUGCUGAAGCUCUUCAUGGACAACGAUGGGGAAAUCCGACCAGAUGAAUUCAUGGAAUUAGCUAUCUCUGGAGAAGAAUAUCAGAAGCUGGUUGUGCAUGAUUGA